AUGAGCAAGCGGCUGAUCCGCCUCCGUGCUUUCCAGCCGCAGCCCAAGUCGGGGCAGGGGAUUCACUCAUGGUAUAACGCUUCGAUUAAAGCAUGGCUCAGCUGGGGGAAUCAUAGGGUUUCUGACCAUAAACGCCUACAGAUUUCGUACACCAGAAGGCUCAUGUUAUCAAGCGCAACUCAGACCAUCAACAACCACAAACAUAAACAAGCGAGAAAAGGUAAUCAACCAGGUCUGGGUCAAGAAGGCCUUACAAGCCUUCCCCAACGCCGACUCGCUUCGGGCCGUCGAAGGUCCUGGCAUCCUGGGAUCCCUCAUAUCCGUGACACCGAGUUGAUGCCUGCUUCUCAGAGUCAGUCUGACGCUACCUCGGCGACCUCCUUAUCUGACGCCUCGGUUGUCGUUUCUGUUGAUGGAUCUGGAUCAAGACGCCGAAAGCGGCGCAGGAAUGGCAGCUCAAGUCGAACCAAACCACCACGGGCCUCAUCAUCUGCGACUUCAUCCUAUUUUCCAUCGACUUUGAGGUCUGCCGCUUUACCACCUAUCCGCCCCGUUGACCUUGACAAAUCCAGGCGCCCCUUCGAAUUUUCACAAGUUUGA